AUGUCAGUCGACAACGAAAUCAAAGGCAGACUAGCCCUGAUCACAGGUGCAUCUGGAGGAAUUGGUGCCGGUUGCGCACGAGACCUUUACAAGAAUGGCUGUCACCUCGCUCUGACGUAUUCCAAAAACAAAGCCAAUGUCGACAACCUGAUCGCCGAGCUCCAAGGCGACUCGACCUCCUCCGACCUGAAGAUCUCCUCACACCAGGUAGACAUGGCAUCCACAGAAGAGAUGGAAAGAUUAUACAAAGAGAUUGAAUCACAGCAUGGCCACGGUCCGGACAUUCUGGUCGCCAAUGCAGGAUAUGGAAAGCGAGUGCCUCAGAUAGUGGACAUCACAUACGAAGAAUUCGACUAUACAAUUCUGAUCAACUUGCGUGCACCUUUUGUUCUGGCGAAACUGGCCGUCCCACACAUGGCGCAACAGAAAUGGGGACGCAUCAUCAUGAUGUCCAGCAUCGCUGGCUAUGGCGGUGGGAUCAACGGCUGCCACUAUGCCGCCUCAAAAGCCGGCCUCACAGGCAUGAUGAGGAAUCUAGCCAUCAAGCUCGCCAAGGACGGCAUAACGGUCAAUGAUGUGGCGCCUGCGAUGAUCGGUGAGACAGGAAUGAUUCCCAACGCGAAAUUCCUCGAGGGCACUCCCGGAGAUGUAAGGAAUAUUCCGGUCGGCAGACUGGGCACACCGCAGGAAUGUGCGAAUGUGGUGACCAUGUUGUGCAGGACGGGGUAUUUGACCGGACAGAGCAUUUUGUUGACUGGGGGACUGAAAUGA